UUUCACCAUCUGGCAACACUAAGCCUUGGUCAAUUCCAACAAACCUUCCCGAAAACACAGUUUUUUCGGAAAACAAAACAAAAUAAUUAGUUAAUUAUUCAGUCCAUGAAAAUGCACAGAUCGCAGUGAAAGAAGGGCAAUGUGGAGAAGUAUCGAAGCGUAAGAAUCGCAGGCGGCUGCCAGCCAACAACAACACCACCCACGAGCAACAAUAACAACAACAACGGCAACAGCCGCAACAAUAAAAUUUAAACGGGAGACUGCUGCAAAUAUAUACACAGCGAGAGAAAUCAAAAUAAAAGAAACGAAAAGGUACAGAAUAUACGGGAUCUCCCGUUUUGCUCUGGACGCGGCCAGUGAAAGUUGACGAAUGCGGAGCAGUUGGAGGCAGACGGAGGAGCAGCAGUAGAGCAGUAGAGCAGCCACCGGAAGCGGGAUGCGGAAGCAACUCAUUAGCAAUAUAUACAUAUAUACACACGGAACAAAGUGAAACCAACAAACAAAACAAAACACCGCCUUAGCCUUAGUAAAAACGAGACAACGAGGAGACGACCACUCCAAAACCAAACCAAACCAAACAAAAUCAAAUCAAAUCGAACGGAACCGAACCGUACCGAACGGAAAUCAAUCAAAUCAAAAAACAAAUAAAGCAAAGCCAGACGACAACCCAGAGUAACUCCAAUACCAAAACGACGAAAUGUCCUCGCCGAGUGCCGGAAAGCGACGCAUGGACAACGAUGUGAUCAAGCUGAUCGAGUCGAAGCACGAGGUGACCAUCCUGGGCGGCCUCAACGAGUUCCACGUGAAGUUCUUUGGGCCAACGGAGACGCCCUACGAGGGCGGCGUGUGGAAGGUGCGCGUCUACCUGCCCGACACCUACCCGUUCAAGUCGCCGAGCAUCGGCUUUGUGAACAAGAUCUACCAUCCGAACAUUGACGAGUCAUCCGGCACGGUGUGCCUGGAUGUGAUCAACCAGGCCUGGACGGCGCUGUACGAUCUGUCGAACAUCUUCGAAUCGUUCUUGCCGCAACUGCUCACAUAUCCCAAUCCGGUCGAUCCGCUCAAUCGGGACGCGGCCGCAUUGUACCUGCACGAGCCGGAGGAGUACCAUCGCAAGGUGGCCGACUAUGUGCAGCGGUAUGCCACCGAGGAUGCGCUGCGGGCGGCGCAGCAGGAGCGAGAGAGCAGCGACAGCGAGUCGAGCAUGUCCGACUACAGCGAGGACGAGGCCAGGGACAUGGAGUUAUAAUAUCGGUUGGGUCGCCAGUCCACCACGGAUCUACCGCUGACUCCACUAACACUGACAACAGCCUAAUACAAAUGCUUCGAUACCCUCUCCCAUUUGCCCUAUCCCCCACUCCACUUCCCACUUUCCCAUCCACAUCCACUACUCCCCGACUCCGCCCCCACUGCAGAAAAAAUAAUGAUGAAGAAACCACACACAAAUACCCUCUCAGUUGGCGACGGAACAACAAGCAACAAAAUAUAUAUAUGUAUACGUAUAUGUAUAUGUAUAUAUAUAUAUAUGCAUAUAUAAUUGAUAAAGUAUAAAUGAUAAUUGGAUUUUAAGAUAGAAAGUGAUUCGACGAUGGCGUGUGAUGAUCUGCGCACACACGCACAUACAUAUAAAUAUAUACAUACAGAAAAAUAUAUAUAUAUAUAUAUACACACACUAAUGUAAGCAGAAAGAAAAACAAGAUUUGAAAACUCUUAGUUUAGCCAUCAGUAGCUGAUAACAAGAAGGAUUGGAGCAAGGAAGAAGGAUCGCAACAGAUCGUAACAGUUAUUAAUAUAGACCACAACAAAAACGGAACGGAGGAGAACAAAAACAAAAAGAAUGGAAACAGAAAAACCCAUAAGAUACAGCAGAUACAACAGAUACAACAGAUAACAGAUAAACGAAGAUAAGAAGCGUAGAUGCAAGCGCAAUUUAAAUGGUUAAAUAGUAAGUGCACAUGCCUUGCUUUUGGCCUUGAUCUGGCAUUAAACAGACGUCGAUGCCCGUUCGUUCCAUAGAGUUUAUUGAGCAUUGGAGCAACAAGCAACAAGUUGAUAGAAACGUAUCGUAAACACAAGUACCACCAUCAGAAAGGAAUGUUUUUGGAGAAUCCCCACACACCACACACACCACACACAACACACACAACCGAAUUGCCACAAGAUGUGUACCCAAUAAUCCAGAGGAAUCGCCUCAAUCGCCGCGCUUAAAUCGAUCAACGAAGCAAUGUGUUUUUGUUUUUUGUUCUGCCUCAGCUUUAUGUGUUUGUUUGUUUGUUUUGUUUAUUUGUGAACACGUUUUGUAGGAUUCCCAUUGCCACAUUAUAUGUUUUUUCAGUAAAUCAUCCGACUUAGCAGCAUUGUCCCUGCCAAAAACCCUAAAAAGAACAACAAAAACAAAAACAAAAAAAAAACAGAAACAGAAAAUAAAACAAAAAAUGUAAUGUAAACGAUCGAAACUAAAUAGAACUAAAGUAGAAAACCAAGACAAAUCCUAGAGGAAGCGUUUGGAGACGAUUACGUGGAACAGACAGAAUAAACGUUGCAGUUCUUUUUCUUGUUAAUUAAUAUUAUCGUACGGUUAUUAUGUAAUGUUUUAAAAUAGGAUUCGAAUUGAUCGUGUAAUUAAUUAAAUGCAAUAACCCUUAUUGUCUAACUUAUGCCACCCGUGUUUAAGCCAAAACCAACUCUGUUUUUUUUUUCUUAAUAUAAUACAUUUUGCUUUUACGCGACAUUUA